UCAGCGCCCCAGGGCUAUGUGGUGCCCACCCACCCCUCUGUGGGGCCGCUGCCGCUGGGGGGCUACGUGCAGCCUGGCUACCCCCUGCAGCUGCAGCCCUGCACCGCCUACCUGCCCGUCUACCCUGUUGGCACGAGCCUGAGAAUAGGGGGGUGGAGCUGGCACUUGGGGGGCAUCGUGUCAGCCGAGAUUGCAUCGCGGGAGGCGCGGAACUUCUCCUUCAUCAGCCUGGCCGUGGGCAUUGCCGCCAUGGUGCUCUGCACCAUCCUCACUGUCGUCAUCAUCAUCGCUGCCCAGCACCACGACCACGACUGGGACCCCUAGCCCCACCCCUGGGCCCCAGGCCCUGCCCCCAUCCCUGCAGUGCCACGCCCUGCCGGCCUAGGCCACUCCCGCUACCCACAAUCCUUUGCGCCUCCCCUGUGGCUGCUCGACCCUCCUCCCUCGGCAGGAGGCGGCCUAUGAUGCCUUGUGCCGGCCUGCUCCGAGCUCCGCCCUCUGCCUCAGGCCACACACCCCUCUCCGGCAAUGCCAGGCUAGGCCCCGCCCCUCUCUAGGGCUCUCUGGGGCGGCGACCCAUGACCCUUUGCCCCAGCAUGGGCUCCGCCUCUCUGUGCGGAAGCUACACCCACCUGGACCUUAAGCCCCACCUCCUUUACCCUGUCCCGAUGCCCUGGGCCUUGACCCCUCUCCACUUUUGGAGUGGGGCUCCACCCUCUUGCUAGAAGGCCCAGCACCAUCUCUGGCGCCGCCUGGCCUGUGUGAUCUCCAGUGCCAAACCCCACUCCUUUGAUGUAAGCCCUGCCCCUCAGAACCCCCAUGCCAUGUCCAUCAACCAGCCACACCCCUUACCUGCAAGCCCCUCCCCCUAUUAGCCCCACCCCACCCACCUUGCCUGUCUACUGCCCCCUCCUCACCCCAGCUGGGCUGUGGGUCAGGAGUGAGGGGCACCAUAAGGGUUAGGGGGAGCUACAGGCUGGGAGUGAAGGGCACCAGCUGGGCUGGGGGGGGGUGGGGGGGGGGGUGCGGGUUGGGAGUGAGGGGCAUUGGCAGGGCUGGAGGGUGGUCAAUGUUGUCUGGUCCAUUGUAUCCUAGCCCCCCAAUUCUGCUCUCCCAGGAGUGCCCCCUUUCCCUUCCCCUUCCCCCCCACCCCACCCUUGGCCGUGUUGGUCUUUCUGUGACUGGUGGAAUUGAAAAAAAUCUUCUCUAUAUUAAUAAAAACACUUGGAUAUUUUGUGGCAGCUUCAUGGUCCCCACCACGGGGGGGCUGUGGGUUGGAAGUGAGCAGCACCAGUAGGGCUGGGGGUGGGGUGCAGGUUGGGAGUGAG